GAAGCAGUACUAUUCCAGUCACUAAAUGGGACAUUAGCAUUCGAAACCUGUGAAUCAAGCUGUGAGAGAAUAACCCUUUCACUAUAUCCCAUUCCUGGUGGAUAUUUAUGUGAAAUUCUGGCACUAAAUUGGUUUUGUUCUUUAAUAUUCUACAAUUCUGGUAUCAUUAUUCUCACUUCAGUCUCUUCUUUAUACAAUCCAGAAAGUCAUGAGUAAAAAUCUCUUCUGGCUUUUAUACGCUUCUCACACAUGAAUUGAUUGGAAAAAAUGGAUUUGGAAGUGCGACUUGUGGUUGUGGACUUGGAAGCAAGAUUGGAAAAAAUAGGAUUUUUGGCUCAUAAGUGCACUUGUUCUGCGCGCCUUGGGUUUCGCGGGACACAUAUGUAUUCAUGCUGCUAAUCCCUGAAACCGAAAAGCCACCAAGAGUUGUUACAAAUGAGGACCCUUCUUCUGAAUCGACUCCAAACCCAAUUUACUCGCUCCUCAAGUUCAAGUCCUUUUCUCCCUUUCUUGCUCUUGUACCGGCGGAAUGCAGUGUCAGCACCAAAAGCUGAGGAUGAAGCAGAAAGAGACACUUCCACAAGGGAAAACGCAGGAUUUUCUAGUGGCCUUAACUCGGCUCUGGCUAUGAAAGGUGUAAUUGUAAUGGGAAAAGCUUUACCAAACUUGAACCCAUCUGAACUAAAGCAACAUGGUGCAGUCGUUGCUGAACCCUUAUCUGGAUUCCCGUUACAUGUGAGAGGAAGUGUUAUUGGUGAAGCGUCAAAAAUUUCAAAGGCACAAUUUGGCAAGCUUCUUAAACUGGUAACAAAUCACCUGUCAUCUGUCCCGAAUAUAUUUGUUCAUGAUGGAGCUAUUGGCUCAUUGCCAAAUUGUGAUGCAAAGGUUCGGGUGAUAAGUGAUAGUCCUUCAGCAAUGCUAUCACUUUCAAAUCUUCUCUGUAAGACAAAUGCUCGAUCAAUUUCGCAUGAUACUUGUCCAUUGACUGUUUAUGUAGCUACAUCUAUAAGUUCUUCUUUGAUGAAGGCUAUUAGUGUGGAAUAUCAGUCAAAUAAUGGAUUUGUGGCUGCUGAUAUUGAAAGAUCAUCCCUAGUUUUAUGUCAUAAAGCUUUCUCAGAUGCCAGUACGAUCAAGAAAGCACUAUCUGCUUUGUCUGAACCCGUGAUAUCUGCAAGAGGAGGCAUUCCUCUACGGGGAAGGAUCCUAGUAUCUGGAGAUUCUGUUUUUGUACUAUUUGCAGCAGAAGAUACAAUUCAAAGCUGUGCAAACUUUUUGGUUUCUACUGAUGCUGGCAUAAUUCUUUCUCCCAGAGCGUUGCACCUUUGUUUCAGACUGGAAAUACUGGUGGAUCUAAUAUAUUUAAAUUGCCUGCUGCUAUUGUUCUUGUUUCUUCUGAUAGGAACUGAAAUUGUGUCAAUUGGCACACUUGAACUGAUGAAUAAUUUAGUUCAGUGUAUUGCUCUUGUUCAUGUUAUUUUUAGUUCCCUCUGUUUCUUGACCUGUGUUUUAUCUAUUGAAGCAGUCUGA